GGCCCUUCCCUGGGCUGCUGCCUGCACACGGCCAACUGUUCUAUUUCAGAAGUGGCCCAAAAAGGACCUAAAAGACCCCAGAAUAACAGGGUUUACGUUGUGGUGAGGAUUGCAGGUGGGAACAGAUACAAGUGUGUAGUUGGCCGGGCGGGAUGCUCACAAGCAAGCUCUUCCUCACUACUGCCCUCCUCUUCCUCACCCACAAUGGGGCUGAUGGAGCUCCUGGGUCACCAGUGGGAAGGAAGCUUCUCCAACACCCUGCCUCCAGCUGGACUGUUUUCCAGAGGGUGCAAGGCAAGGAGUUGCCUUCCUGGCUGUCAUGGGAGCUUUUUCGUGGUGAAUUACCAGCUGACACCGUGUCCAACUGGAACGCCUACACCAACGUGACAGAGUAUGUCUGCUUAACACUGUCUUGGCACUGCAGCAUUGGUUCCUACGUUCCCAGCCGGGGUCCAUUUUGCUAUUUUGCAUAUGGAGAAUUGGCGCUGCGAUCCUAUGAAUUCAAGGUGUUGGUCAACAAAGGAAAGUUCGAGGCGCUGCAAUGGGUGGAUGACUCAUUUGGUGAUGUACCUGAGAAUGCAGUAGAGGGUUGUGAGUCAUUUGACAUCUAUGUGGGGAGGAACCGGUACGGCCUGGGGAAGGUCUCCAAGGAGCAGAGGGCUUUAUUUGUGGCGGUGGAUGGCAAGGAGGUGUGGUUCAAGUGGUACCAAGUCUUGACUGUGAAGACGGGCCCAGCAAACAUCACCAUCUCAGGUGUUCUCUACAACGUGAGCGCAGCCGUGGAGCACAGCGAGGAUGUCACCAUAACAAAGACCACAGUGAAAAACGAAGGCUGCCAAGGGACACGGCAAGAUGUCACCUUGGAAGAAGCCACCGAGGUGGAGCAUGACUGGGAGCUGGACCAGGAGAUCUUCAGCAGCAUCCGCGGGGUGCUGGAAGCCGGCCUCUUGGCCUUCAAUGGGAUGAGCUGGGAGGCCACCAGCAUCACCAAUGUCACCUGGCUGGGAAAAGCCAGCGCUGGUGAGUACAUCGAACACAGCCACAAGGUUGAGCUGGAGAUGCGGCCCCGUACGAUGUGCACUGUAGCCAUGGUGGGACGCCGGCUGGAUGCCCGCAUCCCAUUCACUGCAGAUCUCACCAGGAAUUUUGGUGAUGGCCAACCAUACCAGGUGGCGGUGACGGGGGUGGCCCGCAGCCAGCAGGUGGUGGGCGUCCGGGCUGGCAUUGAGUGGUGCGGGCCCCUUCCUGGUUCAGCACGGUGCUGAGCACAGCAGGUGGUGAUGGGGAUCACCGCGUGCAGCAGAAUGCCAUGCAAUGCAUUGUUUUUUCCUCCAAUCGGUGUAGUUUUGCAGACUGCUAUGUCUGUUGUAUUUCCCCAGUAACCUACAUCUCUCCCUAAAACGCCACAGCAACAACGUGGAGUGUGGAAAAAUGCAUAUUUUUGCAAUCUUCAUCUUCUGCUUUUUCCCCACUAACCUCCCAUCUCCCUCAAAAUGACACAGCAGCAACCCCUAAUGCAGAAUAAUGCAUUCUUUGUGAUCUCUGUUUUUCCUUUAUUUCACAAUAACCAUCAUCCGAGCGCCUCUCUCUGAACCAGCACAGCAGCUGCACAUCAAGAAACCUCUCUGCACCCAGAGUUGGAUGGACGUAAUCUUCCCCUGCAUUGUGUUUUCCUUUUCUUUUCCUGUUCUAUGAGAAACAUAAUUGCAAACCAAACAAA